CAUAGCAGAACCCGCUAAAGAAAGUGAUAUUAAAACUUUAUUAAAAGUAAAACAAAUUUAUGCGCAAUGCAUGGAUAACGAGGGCUUUGAUGCGGACGAACAGAAUAACUUAUUUAGGGGCGUUGUAAAUAGGUAUCUCAAAUGGCCAUUGAUUAUGUCUCGUCGCGAAUGGGACGAUAGAAAUUUGACAUGGCAAAAUGUGAGCGAUAGUUUGCAUGAAACAGGAUUUGAUAAUGGCCUUUACGAUAUAGUAGUUCAAAGACAAACGGAGUCAUCAAAUAGUAACAUUAUCUUUAUAACUGAGCCUAUUACUUUGUUCCCAUGGAAUAUUGCGCCUAAUGUUAAGGAAAGAUAUGUAUCCUUUAUCGUCACAACUGCAAAAGCAAUUAUAGAAAACAACGGUGGAACCGUCGAGAUCGAUAUUCUUACUCAAGAUGUACGUGAUAUCGUAGACUUUGAGAAAGAAAUGUUUAACGUGAGAACAGACUUUAAAGACAACUAUAUUAGUUCUAAUGUUUCUAUACCGUUAACAAUUCAACACUUUCAAGAACAGUAUGAUAAACAGCAUCCCGAAAACCAAGAAAAGAUAGAUUGGUAUUCAACCAUUAAAAAAGUGUUUGCGUCAGAAGGAAUUGCGAUCGAACCGUCUGAGAAGAUCAUCGUUAAUAAGAUCACAUAUUUUGCUAAAUUGGUAUCGUUGUUAAAGCGCACACCAUCUCGAACUAUUGGUAAUUACAUGCAAUGGACCAUAUAUCUACAUAAAAUAAAUGACCUAAUAAUAUACUCAAAACUGAAUCGUAUCACAAAUAAAACAAAGAUAAUGUGCAAAGAAUCCAACUUGGAUGUUGCUAUUUGUCACGAAUAUGUAAAAAAAUAUUUAUUGCCCAAAACUAUACACGAUAUCAUACAAAUAAUCACUGACGUUAAAAGUGCCGUUCAAAACCAAAUAAAACACACCACUUGGAUGAACGAGCCGACAAAAGGAGCGUGUAUUGAGAAACUCGCUUAUAUAGGACACAAUAUUAAAUCCGAAUUGUACACCAACACAAGUGAAGUUGACAAAUAUCACGAAAAAAUGAAUGUCGGUACGACACAUAUCGACACUCUACUAAAUUUAUCUACAUUCAAAAGAAGAAAAAUGUUAAGCUCGCUACGGACACCGAGUAACGAAACUUUUUCGGAUUUUUAUACAGUGGAUAUCAAUCUUGCACUAGGGAAGAAUGCUUACUACAGUAAAUAUCUCAAUAAAUUCGUCAUUCCUCUUGCCUAUUUACAAAGUAGUAUAUAUAGCGGUAAUUUUCCAUUCCUAAGCUACGGACCGUUAGGAUUUACUAUUGCACAUGAAAUCAGUCACGCAUUUCAUACAUUUGAUGGAUCCGGUAAAUACAGCAACGUCGACGUACAGUCGUGGCCGCAAAAGAAUUUCGAAGAAUUCAUAAAAAUACCAGAAUGUUUUAUCAAUCACUAUAAUGAGUAUACAUUUUUGGAAUCACAACAUAUGAAUGUUUCCAUGAACGGAAAUAAGACGCUUAAAGAAAACAUUGCCGAUUCUGCGGGCAUUGCAGCUGCAUAUUACGCUUAUAGGAACAGAAAAGCGAAAUUGAACGAGACUGAAUGGCGGCUGCUAGGACUAGAACAGUAUAAUGAUGAUCAGAUCUUCUUUAUAAUGUAUGCUCAAACGAUGUGCGAAAGUUUUCUUCCGACAGAGUUACGACACCGUACUUCCGAUGUUCAUUCUGCAAAUGAAAUUAGAGUUCGCGGCAGCCUUUCAAAUUUUCCUGAAUUUUCCGCAGCUUACAACUGUCCCGUAGGAACAUUAAUGAAUCCGGUGAAGAAGUGCGCUCUUUGGUACUAGAACGACGAUUGUGCAUCUGCAAAAAUGUGAACGCGAUGUCCUUCUCUUUCGUACAAGUUAUUUGAAAGAUAAUUUGCUAUUACGUUAAUACAUAUACAUAUAUAUAUAUGUAAAUGUAACAC